AUGAGAUGCGAUGACACCGAUAGCUCCUUUGUGGUUGUGAUUCAAGGCGGCCCCAGACUUGACAUUAUGACACAGGAAGGAGCAAAUCAGUUCCUUGAGCUGUUCUCUAGCCUGGGCCCAUUCUCUACCCGAAUCAAGUCAGAUGUGAAGCCAGCACGAAAAGGCAUUGUAUCAGCCUCCAGCCGACAAGAGAUUGCUCAUCAUGGUGGGAUUCUUGAACGGUCCUACAUUAUGUUUGACUCUCUUGCGAAUACAGCUUCAAGACAUGUCUUUGACAGCAACGUCAGUACCAGUGAUAUGCGCGCUUCGGUAAAGCACUUUCAACGGGUACUUGAAAAUCUGACGACAGCCCCGCAAUGGACAAAGACUGGGGUUUGCGCAAGUAUGAUUUGGAAGUCCUUGUGA